AUGGGAGACUCGGCUUGUCUUAUGCAUGGCUUCUCUUAUGCUUCUGCAAUACCCAAUGAAGCCAAACAGGGGAACCCGAUGCACGCUCUCGGGGAGUCAAUUUCAUUUGGGAGGUUUAUGUCGGAAUCUUUGUCUUGGGAAAAAUGGUCCUCCUUCUCAUCCCACAAGCGUUACGUUGAAGAGGCCGAAAGGUAUGCGCAGCCGGGAUCAGUGGCGCAGAAGAAGGCCUUUUUUGAAGCUCAUUACAAGAGAAUUGCUGCUCAAAGAGCAGCAGCAGCAGCUUUGGUUGAUCAAGAAAAUGCUUCCAAUAAUGUUAAAGAUAGUGGGGAUCGUGCCAAUGAUUUGCAAGCAGCCGAUGAACGAGGGGGUGAGGUUAAGAAGCUGGUUGGAAAGGAAGAUUUAGGACUCAAUGCUGGCGAACAUGGUGUAAUUGCUAAAUCAAAUGAAGUAGAAACUGGGAAAGAUGGCGAAAAUGGUGUAAUUGAGGCCUCGGGGGAGACUCCGGCGAGGGAAAAUUCACCGAACAAGGUUUAUAAUGUUGAGAAUCAAGAACCAACUUCUGGAUCAGAGACUAGUGGAACACCACAGAUGGAGAAACCACUGUUGAAGAAAUCCGACCAACGUGAGGAUAAUUCAUCGGUGACAAGCAAGAAAAGAUCAGCACUUUCUUCGUUCAAGUCAUCUAUUCACCGUAAAACGUCUAAAGUUCCAUAUACACCUGCCAAGCCAAUUACUCCUCAUUUCAAGAAAGAACAAAAUGUCACAAGGAAGUUUAAUGUGGACUCCAUGGAUAAAAACAAGUCCUCUCAGAAAUCUCUACGUGCAUUGAUUAAUAUAGUUCCUGCUAAAGAACCAGAUAAAGUCCCGAUUCUUUCGAACGAAAGAACCGGAAGUUUAGGUGUUCCUCCAGUUCCAUCCAAGACGCAAAAGGAUUGUGUGACUCCACUGAAGACUCCGAUUGGGGCGGGUAAAUAUGGUUUGUCUAAAUAUAAUGCAGCAACGCCUCGAUCUGAAGAUAGAAGGAACAAAGCACCAAUCGAUCCCUCGGCUUUAGGAAGCAGAACAAGCGGCCCCAAAUGGCACAUUUUAUCGGCAGUUUGCCCCAAGUCAUUUACGGCCUACCGGAAGAAAUUACAAUCACCAACUUUAUCGACUCCAUUUAUUCUGAGAACGGAAGAAAGAGCUGCCAGAAGAAAACAGAAACUUGAGGAGAAAUUCAAUGCUAAGGAGGCACCAAAGGUGCAACUACAAACAAAACUAAGGGAGAAAGCAGGAAAUGAAUUUAGAAAAUUGCGUCAAAGCUUUUGCUUCAAAGCUCGUCCGCUACCUGAUUUUUACAAGGAACGAGAAAUACCAAAAAAUCAGAUGGAAAAGAGUUCACUAUCCCAGCCAGAGCCAGUGGGAAAAACAUAUUCAAGCAAGAAGCAAGGCACUGUCUCAAUGCCACCUCCUCCUUCCCCUUCAACAUUUUUGACUAAGAAGAAUGGUACUUCCAAGAAUGUAUCAUCGAAAAAGAAAAUUGAAAUCCCCGGCCAUUUUCUUACAUCAAAACAAGAAAGGAUCAAUCAUGAGAACAGAAGCCCAAAUAUUCAGCAAAGAUGA